AAAUCAGCAGAGUUUUGAAAAGCUAGAGGCUGUGUAGUCAGAAGGACUGUCUUUGAAAGGAGGACAAAGGGGAGAAGAGACAAAGACACAGCCCCGGAGGAGGAGCUGCUGUCCCGGGGCUGGUCCCUGUGCUACAGUGGCUCUCACUCUGUGUGUUUACAUGUCUCUUGUGCUGUGAUGAAUUCUCGGGAAGAAGUUAGAGGACUCUGCCUAGGUUUCUCGUCCCCCUAUGAGGCGCAGGCUGCCUGCUGGAGAGGGGGACUCUAUUGAACACCACAAACACACUGAUAGAUGCUCACACACUCGCUGGCUGAGUGUUCAUUUUGUUUGAAAGGGAAAAGGAGAACUUCCUUAUUUUUCUACAUAUCCAGACCACUGCAAGAGGACCAUCAAGAUGAGUCGAUGGCUCAAAUGCACCUCCAUGUACUUUAACACUGACUGGAAUAAGUAUGAUGACAGGCUGAUGAAGGCAGUGGAGAGGAGGGAUGUGGACAAGGUUGCAGCAGUGCUUGGCAAGAAGAGCAUCAUCCCAACAAAACUUGAUGUAGAGGGGCGCUCUGCGUUCCAUCUUGCUGCCACCAGAGGACAUCUCGACUGCCUGAAUCUUAUUCUUAAUCAUGGUGUGGAUGCCACAACCACUGAUGCCACAGGAAAAAAUGCCUUGCACCUGGCAGCCAGAAAUGGCCAGUCACUUUGUGUGCAGAAACUACUCCAGCACAACUGCCCAGUGGGAAAUGUGGACCUGCAGGGAAGAACAGCCUUGCAUGACGCCGUUAUGGCUGGCUGCUCCUCCAGUGUGAAGCUGCUCUGUGACAGUGGAGCAUCAGUUAAUGCCAGUGACUUUGAUGGUCGGACACCAUUGGUGCUUGCCACUCAAAUGUGCCAUCCACACAUCUGUCAGCUGCUGUUAGACCGAGGAAGUGACAUCACAGUCAGAGACAAACAGAAUAAGACGGCAUUGAUUCUGGGUUGUGAAUAUGCGUGUAAAGAUGCUGUGGAGGUGUUGUUGAAAAAUGGCGCUGAUGUCACUACCAUGGACGGAUUUGGCCAUGACAGUUAUCACUAUGCACGACUCAGCCAAAACCAGAAACUUGUGUCUCUUGUCAAGAGUUACUUGGACAUUGCCACAAAAGCAAAAGAGGCUGCCAAUAUGGAACAGAAAAAGAGACGGUUGCAGUCUGUGGAGUCAGUCUCUGAGUCCUCAAACCACGAAAAGAUAAUACAGGACCUGGAGAAACAGAAUGAGAGCCAACAGGAAACUCUAAAGAAGUUCCACCAGGAGCAGAGAACACUACUUGACAAAGUUAACAUGCUUCAGCAGCAGCUUAGCCAGGAAAAGUCAACAGUGGAGGACAUUCACAAUGAGAAAGGACAGCUGAAGCUUCAACUCUCAGUCAAAGAGGAGGAGGAGGAAGGAGCGAGAGCCGUGGAGACUGUGAGAGUUCAGCAACGGAGCCUUUUGGGAGAUUACAAAGGGCAGUCAGUAAUCAAAGGUAAAGAAAACAUGCUUGUUCGGCAAUCACACAGCUUGGACUCUGCUCAGAUCUUGCAGCCUACAGUAUCAUCUCCAUCUUUGACUCGUCCUUUGGAGCUGUCUCGGCCGAAAGCCAGUGAUCCAGAGACUUUACUACAAGAGCUUGAAUCUGUUCGCAGACAGCAAGAAGCUACACAUGAAGAGGCAGGUCAUCUUCAAAUGGCUUUAGCACGCAAGUCUCAAGAGUGCAAGGAGCUUACCAGUAGGUGCGAGACCAUCAAACAUGAGUCAGACCAGCAGGUACAUGAGCUAGAGGAAGCACUGGAAGAUGUGCAGAAGAGAAUGUUAGACUCUGAAGCAAAGGUGAAACUGCUUCAGGCUCAUGUGUUGGCAGUAAAGGAGCAACUAAGUAACCAAGUUGUUGAUGACCUCAAAGCACAGAUAAAUGAGGUUAAGGCAAAGUAUGAAGGAGCUUCUGCUGAGGUAGGAAGGGUUAGAAACCACCUGAAGCAGAGUGAGAAAGCCUUAGAAGAGUACAAGAAAGGUGAGGGGCUACUGGCUGUAGAGGUUGAGAAGCUGACUGCAGAGCUGAGUGCAAUGCAAGAGGAGCGUAAGGACAUGGAAAAGACCAUCUUAAACAUGGAGGGUCAAGUGAAAACAGCAGAGGUCAUGUUGACUUCAAUGGUUCCAGGAGAGAAAUUUGACAACAUGAAGAACCUUCUCACCAAUGCUGUGGAUGAAAAAGAGCAACAGUUGGCAGAGCUAAGAGACGAUUAUGACCGUGUGCUGGAGGAAUUGGCAGAGCUCCACCGUGCUAUGGAUGAUCGGAAAGCUAUCCCCCUACAAGAGCAUGAGCAAGUCCGAGUCACUCUGGAGGAGCAGAACUCAUCCCUGAAGAAGAAACUUGCUGAUAUCACUACAAAGUGUCAGUCAUUAAUUUGUGAAGUGGAGAAAGGUGAGGAUGAGAGAGAGCUUCUAAGAGAGGAGCUGCAGGAACUCGGCAAAAAUAUGAAGACCAGGUUUGUGACUUUGGAAAACCAUGAGGAAGUGAAGAGAUCUAUGGGACUUGCUGUGGAGGAUUUGAGGGUCAGGUUAGUGGAAGAGAUGGAGAAGAGCAACCAGGCUGAGGAGCAUCUGCGGAGGCUGCAGGAAGAGAAGGCCUCUCUCUGUGAGAACAUUGCCAACAUGAGAUGCACAUACAUCCCCUGUGAGCAGUAUGAGAGCGAGAUGGCUGCACUCUUGGUAAAGAACUCAGAGCUGGGGAGUGAACUUGAGAGCCUUUGUAAUAAAUACCAGGAGAAAGUGAGUGAACUUGAGAUAGUGGAAGCUGAAAAUGUAUCAUUAAAGCAGAGCUUUGACAUAAAGUUUGUCACAAAGGAAGAGUAUGAAAGAGUGCAGACAGAGUUAGGUAAAGCUUUGCAGAAAGGGAAGAUUGAAAUUGCCAUGUUUGAAGAAGAUCGUAGAGUUCGGGAUGUGGAGCUGGAGAAGCUGAAAGAAGGAAAUGCUAUGUUGAAAAAGGAAUUUGAGGAUGUCCAGGCAAAGUUAGAAAAUGACUAUAUAAGCAUUGUAGAACACGAGGUGGUAAUAAGCCAAAUGAGCAAUGAUUUAUCAGAAGCAGAGGGAAGAGCUAAAAAUGCCUUCUUAAAGUACCAGUCUGCACAAGAGAGUGCCUCAAAGCUCCAUGAGGAAAUCGAAGCACAGAAGAAUGAGCUGAACACUAUCCAAGAGGCUUUUCACUCAAAGUUUGUGCCAUUGACAGUUAUAGAGGAAAAAGAGAUGAAUUUCAGUACUGCUCAGAGGGACUUGACAGAUAAACUUGCCAAAAUGCAGGAGAUGUACAAUGAUGAAAAGACCAAAGGGGAAUGGCAGAGGCAAGAGAACAAGAAAUUGAAAGAUGAAGUGGCAUCUCUGCAGCAGAAACUUCAAACAGGGAUCAUAUCCAGCGAAAAGUACAAAGAAGCAGAGAAUCACUACCAGGGCCAGGUGGAGGACCUGAGUCUGAAGUUGGUGGAAUUAGAGCAGCAAUAUAAAGAGGUUACUAUCCAGAGAGCCGAACUUGAAGAACAAAACACUUUGUGCAACACUGAGAUCCAGAGUCUCCAGAACAGACUGAACAGUGAGUAUGUCCAUCUGGAGCAGUUUGAGGCUAUGCAGCACUCUCUAAGUGAAAGCCUGCAGGAGGCACAGAAGAAAUGCGAGGGCAUCCGUGAAGCUCAUAGAUUAGAAGUCCAGCAUGUACAUGAACUUGAGAAACAGCUCCAGAUUCACAGCUGUGAUGAGGUUCUAAAGGCCCAAUACAGCCAGGCUAAAGAGGCUCUGGAACAUGAGGUCAAUGAGCUUCGCUUAGCACUGCGAGAGGAGGAGGAAACCAGUGCUCAGAGGGCAGAGGAUGUAGCCACUCUGCAGACUGAGCUUCUCAGAGCAACACAUGCUCUGGAUGAUCUCCGCAGCCACGAGGAACAUAUGACGGAGCUCAGAGCCGAAAAGCGCAGGCUAGAGGAGGAGGUCCUUGAACUUGGAAACCGGCUAUCAGGGCUGGAUGAGCAAUAUGAGGAGCUGUACAGGGAAACAGGCCAGGCCAGGGAGGGUGAAAAGAGAGCUAGAGCAGAAACCGAGGCCCUACAGGUAAAUAGCGCCUCCAUUGAAAAGGAGAUCGGGGAUCUAAAAGAGAGAUACAGUGAAUCACUCGGCACCAUUGGAGAAUUGCAGAAGAGGAUUCAAGCAUCCUCCGACCAGACUGAGCUCAAAGACAAAAGAAUCACAGAGCUGUUGGCAGAAGUUGAAAGGCUGAAACAGGCUCUGAAUGGCUUAUCCCAGUUGGCUUAUGCUGGCAACACGCCCAACAAGAGACAGACUCAACAAAUUGACACACUCCAAGCCCAGGUCAAGAGCCUCCAGCAGCAGCUGGCUGAUGCUGAGAGGCAACACAGAGAAGUGGUUUCAAUUUAUCGAACUCAUCUUCUCAGUGCUGCACAGGGUCACAUGGAUGAAGAUGUCCAGGCUGCUUUGUUGCAGAUUAUCCGAAUGAGAAAGGGUUUUGUGUGUUAAACUCAACAUGUUGACACUGCACUGACUCUAAUUCAUCAUUCACACAGUAAACUUCAGUUCAGCUCAGUGUAGUUUGAUACUGCUCUGGACUGCUUCAGUCCAAAAUUUACCAUUUGAAGGGUUGAAUUAUCCUUAUUAGGUUCAAAUAUACUUUCAGAAAGUAUUAAUAUAUAGCCUUGGCGCUAAAAAGACUAACAACAGUUUGCAAUAUGAACCAGGGUAAACGGAGAAACAUGAAAAAACUGUAUAAAUUUAGUCUAUUUUAUUCACAGUGUUUUGGCUUAACUGUGUGCCAUAGAGUGACCUGAAUGUUCUGAUCAUUUGCUGAAAUGUCUUGAUUAAGUGGACAAAGCUAAUGGCAGUCAUUGAGGACCGUGGUAGUGGAGGCUGUUACCUUCAAACUACUCACUCCAUGAUGACUAAUUUGCCUCAUUUCAUGUUGAAAUAACCUGGCUAUAGCCAGUCUUCUAAAGAUGGCAAAGAAUAUUCAUUUAUUCCACUCUCAUAACCUUGGUUUUAGUCUCAUCCUCUUAGCUAUGAAUGUAGUGUAUUAAUGAGGUACUCUUAAGCCCUUUAGUGAGAACAAAAAGCUGAUUUCAGACCAGCUUUGUUGAGUCCCCUGCAAAGGUUACAGUAAUGACUUGGUUAGAGGAAGCUGUUCUCAGAUCACUAGGGAAAAUGCUUUAAUGCAGGGACACUUUUUUCACAUAUUGUUUCAAUAUCCUGCAAUAUACACAGAAUAAUUCUACACUCUUAUUACAAGCACCUAAGAGAAAUCGUGCACAUCUCCAUUACCAUAUAAAUAUAAUUUGCACACACUGAUUUUAAGGAUGUUCAUGUGGUACACGGUCAUCAUGAAAGAUUACAGCAUAUCUUUGCAGCAGUUUUGCUAGGAACCAUGUGUAUGUACUGCAUGGUGUUUUUCAACUCUGUGUGAUAUAUUGGAGUCAGUCUGUGUCUAUUGGGUUGGGUGAUAUACUGUAGGAUGGACUAGUAAUUUUAAGUGUUCUGUAUAUGUUAAAUUUUUUUGCUUUUGCAUUUAUAAGAGCCUGUAACUGUAGCAGGCACAGGUCACAUCUCAUGAGAUUGCAUGGGUAAAGCAUUUAACAUUACUGAAGGCAUUUAAUUGCACACUCUAUCCCUCAUUGUCCUGUAUCCUGGCUGAUAUUGCCAUCUAGUGGUAUGACAUGGCUGGCCAAGUUUGUAGGAGAAUGAAGUGUGUAGGAGAAUGUAACGCAUUUAGGAAUUCUCCUUUGGAUGCUUCCCGAAUCAGAUAUAUGGAUAAUUUUUUUCAUGGCUUUGUACUACUUUUGAUUAAUGAACACCGUGUUUGUGGUUACUAUAACAGAAUUCAGCAGGACUGGAGUAGAAUGGCACAAAACAAUCUGUUCCGGUGUCAGAACAUGACAAAACUGACAUACUUUAUAUUUUGUAGACAUUCUUUUUUAUCUAACUGUCAAUUUUAAGUCAAACUAUCUUUGUAUCUUAUUGAUUUCCCAAUCAGAUAUUACUAAAUUAGCAGCACUCUCUGAACUUUCUUCCACAUGGUUUUGGCUGUAUUGAUUAAUUAUUUUAGAAAAAACACUACCUUAAAGCCAUUUGAUUUGAUUGGUAUUAACCAAGACUAUUGAUUCUCUCUGUUGGGGAUAACUAAUUGUAACAGUUUCAUUAUUUAAUAGGAUUAUUUUCUAACUGUGUUCUUAUGAUUCGGUUAGUCCUUCAUGGACAUUUCUCUCCUUUUUCUUUCUUUUUGUUUUGCUAAAUUUUGAGUCUAACAUCAAUAAAAGUGCCUGUUUUAGACUAAAUUGACUCUGUGCAAAUGAAAAAAGAAAAAAGAAAAGAAUGAAGAUAAAACCCAACAGUAUCAGACUGUCAUGAAGUGAAGCUUGCCUUUGGCAGGCCUUUCCAGCCCCUCUAACUCUCCUUGAAGUUAGCAUAUUGUAUUUAUUUUAAUACAAUCAGAUCAAGAUUGCGAGCUCCUUUUUCUCUCAUGUGGUUUGCGAUGAUUUGAACCUCAGUGUUGAACUCACAAAUACCUGAAAAAAUGAGACCUUCAAAUGUAAAGAAAGGAAACAUUUUUACUUCCCAUAAAGGUUUUAGUCUUGUUUUUUCAAGGUCAGAUGAAAAUAAUGUAAU